AUGUCUGGCACAGAUAAAAGAAAAUUAUUGGUUGUUGGUAAGGAAAUCAGACCUAGAUGUUUCAAAGGACUUCGACUAGAAAGUCUGCCAGUAACAUAUCAUGCAAAUAAUAAUGCUUGGAUGACAGCAGACAUUUUCAAACAAUGGUUGAUGGAUUGGGAUUUGCAACUUCAACAACUUGAUGCUUCACGAAAAAUUCUUCUUCUAGUUAACAAAUGUGCUUCUCAUCCAAAUAUGAAUGAGUUGAAGAGCAUUCAGUUGGAAUUCCUGCCUCACAAGAUGUCAGGAUUGUUUAGCCCGAUGAAUAUGGGAAUCAUUCAAAAUUUGAAAUUGUUGUACAGGCAAACACUGCUGAAUCACAUCCUCGAA